CGGCUGGUUAAACAUACCAGAGCUUAAAGCCUGAACAGCCACACACAUCCACUCCUCCUAAUUUCUCACCGCUGCUCAUGACUUCUUCAGCAUUUGCAAGGUUGUUUCUUGUUUUUUCGCUACAAAGGGGAUUUUAUUUUGUUUAAUUAUCGUUAUUUUAGUCAUUUUUGCUUUUAUUAGCAUCAUCGUUGUUAAUAUCUCUUUUAUUUUUUUUCUUUUCAUAAUAAACCCGGACACAUCAGUUUGCUGAAAGCUGGUUGACAACCUAUUCAUCCAAAGAGAAGAGUUUGACCAAAGCUGACACCCUUCUCGUGAAAACCAGAAGAGCUCAUCACAACGUGACUGAAGAUGAAAAUGUCACUGCUGCUGUCGGUCCUGAUAUGUCUGUCAGCUGUCCAGCUGUGUGCAGGAGCUCAGCCUGCGCAGGAUGUCGUCCCAACCAGACAAGUACCUCUUCUGGGCGGCUGGUUUGAGACGGACCCUGAGUCACCUGAUGUUCAGAAAGCAGUUCAACACGCUGUUCAGAUGUUCAAUGAAAAGUCCAAGGCCAAGAAGGUGUUCAAGCUGAUCUCAGUUGAAAGUGCCAAGUCUCAGGUGACCAACACAAUCAACUUUAAGGUUGAAACUGUUCUGGGUAAAACCAAGUGUCUCAAGUCUGAAAAUCAUGACUUGAAAAGCUGCAGCUUGGAUCAAAAGAGACUGGUGUGUACCUUUGAUGUGACCUUCAAGGUCCGAAACAGCAAGUAUCAGGUGCAGAAUCAAAAAUGCAAGAAGGUUGCGAAGAAGAUUUAACAUUUUUCGGACAAGAUUACCAGCAUUGAUCUUCUUUCAGUCAUUUUCAUAAACAACCACACAUUUUAUUCAUCAAGUAUAAAGAAAUUUGGAUUUUUUUUGUAGAAAUAAACAAGUCAAUUUCAUUUGGAAACCAUUGCUGUGGGUUAAUAAAAAAUAUUAUGUUCUUCCCA